CUUCCUCUCUCACUCUCACUAAUGUGACUGUGUGUUACACACAGUAGACUGAAGCAUAUAUAGAGAUUCACAUUGAGACCUUUAUAGUAAAAUCAAUUCAGAAAAAGAGAGAUAUGUCAACAUCAUCCGUUGCUAAAGAUGCUGUUGAGUUUACUACCGGCAUCAAUGGCUUUGAAACCGUCAUUCUCCAUCAAAAACCUCACACUUCUGUUCAGGUAUAUCUGUAUGGAGCUCAUGUGACAUCUUGGAAAAAUGAGCGAGAAGAAUUGCUUUUUGUCAGUAGCAAGGCAAUCUUUGCUCCUCCAAAGAGUAUACUUGGGGGUAUUUCUGUAUCCUUUCCUCUAUUCCCAGAUAAAGAUGCUCUUGCAGCAUUUGGAUUUGCUAGAAACAGAGUAUGGACCAUAGACUCUGGCGGCUCUUCUUAUCUACCCAAUGUCAAUAAUGAAGUUUCUGUGGAUCUGUUACUGAGUCCCACUGAGAAGGAUUUGAAGAUAUGGCCUCACAGGUUUGAGUAUCGGCUGAGGGUUGCUGUAAGACCUGGAGGAGAAUUAGUGUUGACAUCUCGGAUCAGAAAUACCAACCCUGAUGGAAAGUCAUUUAUGUUCGCAUUUGCCUGUCCAGCCUAUUUUUCUGUUUCAGAUAUCAAUGAUGUUCGAGUGGAAGGAUUGGAGACACUUGAUUACCUUGACAAUAUGAAGAACGAAGAAAGAUGUACAGAUCAAGGGGAUGCAUUAGCCUUUGAAUCCCUUGAAUCGGAGAUUGACAUGACAUAUCUGAGCACACCAACAAAGAUUAAGAUUCGGGAUCAUAAAAAGAGGCGAACACUUGUCAUUCAGAAAGAUGGGCUUCCUGAUGCUGUUGUGUGGAAUCCAUGGGAUAAGAAUGCAACAAAUAUGGCUGGUUUUGGAAAGAAUGAGUACAGACACAUGCUUUGUGUGGGGGCAGCAAGAAUGGAAAAUCCAGUUACGUUGAAGCCUGGUGAGGAAUGGACAGUAAAGCUACAACUGUCGGCUGCUAAUUUGAGCUAAUGCAGUAGUUGAGAAACAUAUGCUGAUCAAUAUAAUGUACAGGUUUUUCAUAAAAGCAAGGUUCUUAGCAACUCUUCUGGGAUUCCUAUUUUCUUGUGUAAAGUUUUCAUUGCAUUGGUAAGACUGGUUGAGCUUUUUCUCAGCAGAGAACUUGUCAAAAAGACUGUUGGUUUACUAGAAACUAUUGAAUGGCGAUACUAAUCGAAUAAUCAGCAAGAAAGCAUAAAGAGAUGGUUGAAAAGAUUACUUAUGUUGUGGUUUGGUAGAGCAAUACAAUAUGAUGAAAAAUACGUACUACAUGAGAAGCAGGGGUUGCGUUGAAUAUCAAGGAAUGGGCUUAAGCUUAACAUGCCGCCUCCUUCUUACUUAACCCGCACUAUAUGUGUGACACCCAAAAGGUAAAACCUUUAUUGUAACACUCUUUUGCAGGGUUGGUGCUGACGUUUAAGCUUGUUCGUGAUGGUGUAACCAUGAAUGGGCGUAACAACCACCUCCCUCCCACUCAACCUGGGCAUCAUGUGUGUGUGAAUGUAAAUCGUAAUGUUUCUAAUUAUAUGGCCUACACCUCACGUGGAUCAGAAAUCCAGUAAUAUCAAUCGAGUCUAGCCUGCUUGCACCUGUUUGAGAUCCACACUUUAGAGAACAGUUGAACUUGAGGAAAGAUGUCUUGUGCCUUAUUAGCCUUCGGGCAUUAGAAAGAGCAUGAACUAUUUGGUUCUGCCACUUCUAAACACCCAUAACCCUGCCAUCAAAGAUUUGAUGUGUCCAGAAGUGGCGACACAGAAUAAUGACCGUUACAACAACAGGAGACGUCUGAAAUAACAACCACCUUUAACGAAGUCCUCAUAUCCAGGUGUUUACGUUUCAUACAAAUUAUCGUUUUGAUCAAUUGUUCUCAUAUGUAUACCCAAAAAGAAAUGUUUUGGGUUUUUACAGGAUUGCAUCUCUACUUUUGAUUUUGUGGUAUGACGGUAACCCCACUUUAGCCACCUCUGUUGAGAUGGCAAAUAAACCCCUCUCUUCGCAAUCAUCCAACAAGGUCUUGGAGCCAGACAAAUAACCAGCCCUCCACAUUGUAAGGUUUUCCUUCUCUCUCAAGCAUUACAGACAUUGUUCUUCCUCAAAAAGCUUUCCAGGUAUGCAUUUCCUCAAAAGCGUCAUUGAUACUCAUUAGACAAGGCAGAUACAUUUCCCCUUUUCACAUGCAGUUUGAAUUAUAAAUAACCGAAGAUGGCACUUUAGCAAUUUUAAGUUCUAUGCAGUAUAAAUUUUAAAAUUAUAAGGAUUGUUCUCUCUUCAGACAUUCCACCAUCUUAUCCUUUCUUUUUUCUUAACGUUCAACAACCUGAUUUUGUGAUAUAUAAAAUUAGAUGUGGGAAUUUUGACCCAUUCACUUACAAGGGGUUCAUUUGGGAUGUUCAUCAGGCCCAAUAAAAAUAACUCAUAGGAAUUGGUCAAAUGGGUUGAAAGUUUCUGAAGUAAAACUUUUUUCUGUCUUAGUUGCAAUUGUUAGUGAUUUUGUGUAAUUACGUGACAAGUUAAUUAUUAGUAAAAUUAUUAGAUGUUAGAAACAGUGUUGUGAGCUGAUCAAACCCGUAAAAGAUUACUCAUUUUGAAGUAGACCCAUUUGAUGCAUUACCCAACCCGCCUGACCACCGAUUUUGCCACCUCCUACUUAAAGAGACUUAAACUCAUGGUUUAGGGGUUAUAGAGUCUAUUUGUCACAAGGUCAAACCCUUUACUUCCUUAUUGAUCAACAUAUACUUGAAUUCCAUGGUUUAUUCUAGGGCUAAGUGCGCCAAUAUGUAUCCCGAAAUUUCAAACUUGCUAUUGUAUGUUUACGAUUUUCAGCGGUUGCUGUUAUAUGCAUCUCACCUUUUAUUACUUGUAAACCAGCCACGUUGGCAAAAACUAAGAAAGUUCGAUACAAUCAAAGGAAGUUUGGAAGUUGAAUAUGUACAAUAACAAAUUGUGCCAAGUGUGUAUAUUCUAACUGCAGUUUCUUUGUUGGGACUUAUGGUACAGGUUAUUAUUUUAAAUGACAUCAUUGUUGGUAUGUGCGCUGCUAUGUAUGGCCUCCAUUUAGCGAGACCAACAUUUGGAUUAGAAUCUGACUCAUAUUUUGUUUUCGGUUUUCUUUAGUAGUAUGAUGGCAACUUUUGGUUUAUAUUACUUGCAACUUUGGAGAUGGUGUGUGUGGGCGUGUGAAAUGUAUAUGCAGCUACCAACACGUAUGUAUGUAGAAUUGAACAAGCAGUAAAAUCUUAUUGUUUUCGUACAUUCAA